CAGCAACUGGAACUGGGCCUGGAAUCGCCUGGCAAUGACACAAACACUGGCCGAGUUCUUUGAGGACAGCGAAAUCUUUGUCACCGGCGGCUCGGGCGUGGUCGGCAAGGCGCUAAUCGAGAAGCUCCUGCGCUCCUGCAAUGUGAAACGGAUAUAUUUGCUGCUGCGUCCGCGACACCAGCUCAAUGCCGAGCAGCGGCUGGCCAAGCUGCGCAACGCCAAGGUGUUUCAGGUGCUGCGCUUGCAGAAGCCGCAGGAGCUGGACAAACUGUACGCCAUACCGGGCGACGUCUCGGAGCCCGGUCUGGGCAUUGAUGACCAGCACCGGCAGCUGCUCGAAAAUGUUUCGCUGCUGUUCCACUGCGCCGCCACGGUGCGCUUCGAUGAGCCGCUGCGCGUUGCCCUCCAGCUGAAUGUGGGCGGCACUCUGGAGGCAUUGAGAUUCGCCGAGCAUCUGCAACAGCUGCGCAUCUUUGUGCACGUCUCCACCUUCUUUAGCAAUCCCUAUUUGCAGCGUGUGGAUCCCAAGUGCUAUUCCUCGCCCAUGGACUGGCGCAUGUGUCUGCGGAUGCUGCACGAGAUCAAGGACGAUAACAUCCUGGACACGCUCACCCGCAAACUAAUUGUGGGCUUUCCCAACACGUACACCUUUACGAAGAACCUGGCCGAGUCUCUGAUCAACGACUAUCGCACGCGCCUGCCGGUUAUCGUCUAUCGGCCCUCGAUAGUGCUCUUUGCAGUAAGCGACCCGCUGCCCGGCUACGCGCCCUCGCUGAUGGGCGCCAUGGGCCUCUUCUCGCUGGUGGGCGCCGGCCUGCUGAAGACCGUCUAUAUAGGGCGCGAUGUACACCUGGAUAUAACACCGCAGGAUAUGGGCAUAAAGGGCAUGAUCUAUUAUACCAAGUGCGGCUACGAUGCCUACCGUCAGGGAACGCCCAAGGAGCUGCUGGUGUACCAAACCUCGUCGCGCAACCACAUACCCUUCACGUUCCGGAGAAUGGCCACGCACAUGGACACAAUGAAUCUGUGGUACAGUGGCGCCUUCCUCAAGAAUCUCUGGGUGCCGGGCUGUCACUAUACGGACAAUCGUUUCGUCUACAAGUUUCUUGUCUUCACCAAGCAGGUGCUGCCCGCCCUAUUCGUGGAUCUGCUGCUGCGCCUCUGCGGUCGCCCCCCGGCCAUAAUGCCCAUCAUGCGUAAGCUCUACCACACGCUCGAGGUGAUGAAGCCCUUCAUGUUCAACAACUAUGACAGUCCCGGCGCCACAGAUCUUAAGCGCAUGCUGGAGCAGAACAGAAACACCGAAUUCGAUCUGUUCGAAGAAUACGAAUACGCACACCGUACGGAUCGCCUGACCUCCGCCUGCAGCAAUAUGAUCCAGAGCAUACGGCACGAUCUGCUCAACGAGGAUCCCAGCACGUUGCCGCGGGCCAAGCUACUAAUAAACAUCAAGAAAGCCAUCUACCAUGUGACAUGCUUGUUUGUGCUCUAUAAGCUGCUGAGCUGGCUCUGGUACCACUUUCUGGCCUAGUUCGUCUGGACGAUGUUCGGACUCGCCCUCAACCAAGUUAGAUUAAAAUAUUUUUGUUUUUUUGUUUUUUUUUUUUUUCUUAGACUAGAGCAUUAUAUAUUCCUGGAAACUGACUACUUGGCAUUUAAUUGUUAUGGCUCGACUAAGUAGAGUUUAGCUCAAGCCAAACACAAAAUGCAGUUGGAUGGAUCUGGCGUUGCCAGAUGUUUACUACAAAUUGGUACGUUUUCUUUUUUGUUGCACAAAAUAUGCGGCCACACUUGGUUUUUUUGUUUGUUUUUAUGGCUAAUCAUCGGAGUCGGAGACGUCUUCGACAUCUUGUUGGCCGCAAUUGUAGAUGGCCAAAAUGCUCUCCAGCAGAUCAUCCCAGACCUCAUCGGCCAUGGCAUUGCCAUCCAUGCCAAGUCCCAGAGCUAGAUGCGUGCGAUAAGGGCUUUCAAGUUUUGUUUCCAACAAUAGUUGAAUUAAAUUGAGCAAUUUGAUACCUUCAAUGUAUUCCAAUUCCUGUAAAGCGGUCUUUAUUUUAAACUCUGCUAUUUGAUCCUUCAAGUUUGUCAUUUCCGAAAACUCCAAGCCCUAUUUCUACUUCGGCAGCUGCUUAGCGCGCCAGCUGACAGCCUGUCAAAUGCAAUUCACAUUAUGUGACCAGGUUUGAAUAUUUCGAAAAUUCGGAAUGCUUUUGUUUUUCUGGUAUUUAAAUGCAGCUUAAAAGUUGCGGAUGAGUCUAGCAUGUAACAUAUAAACAACUCUUAAGUUUAAAGAAUGUCGAAGGUUCAUUGAUUAUAUUCCAAAUCAAUUUUUAGCUGUUCAUUUAAAUCUGUCUUGAAAUUGGAAAUCCUAAAGCCAACAGCUUGUAAAACAUCUGAAAGCUUUAAAGUUAUAUAUAAGCUAUUAUAUUACGCACUCUAGAGUUUUGUAGGUUUGUUAAUAUCUAGGACCCAUUCGAAAAGUGUAAAAACUUGAAACCUUUUUUAUGAUAGAGCUCUAUAUAUAUAUAUAUAUAUAUAUAUGCCUGAUAAAUACUAGAUAUAAUUGGCUCUUCAGUUGCAAAAGCUAAGUCGGUAUAUUUGGGAUAUACUAAAAAGAAAAUCUAGCGGUAUUUUCAUGUAGCAUAAAACUUGAGUCUUGAGCUGGGCUUGAGCAUAGAUGUAUCUCGGGAAAAUUGUAGAUUGAUUGCGUGUAUUGGAUAAACAAAAGUUUGGCAAAGGGUCAAACCAAGGAUUUUCAGUUGAAAUAGAUGAAAAUGCAGUUUUCAUCUGCCAGAGUCCAGGUUCCAGGAAUAUUUCAACUUCGGUGCACCGAAGUAGCGGGGUUUUUUUUUUUUUUUUUUGUCGCUAGCCCCUAAGUAGCCUUUGGCUAAGCUAAUCAAUUAAAAUGUUUCGUAGCUGUACACAACAAGUUUUCCAUAUAAAAUUCAAGUGUCAAAAAACCAAAAA